CUCCUACUUUCUUUUCCCUCUCUUCGACUUUUCUUCGACUUCAUCGCUGAGAGGAUCCUUUGCAUCAACUACUCUCCCUUUCACCUAUCUCAAUUCGUCAUCUUUUCUCCCUGUCCCUUUUCUCCCUGGUUUUACCCAAAAGCGGCAAAAUGAAGCUCACUUUCAAGGAUCUGAAGCAGGAGAAGUUCGUCAUCGAUGUCGAACCUUCUGAGACUGUUCGCGAGGUCAAGGUCAAAAUCGCCCAAGAGAAAGGCGAAUAUGAGGCAGAGCGCAUGAAGGUCAUCUACUCUGGAAAGAUCCUUCAGGAUGAUAAGACAGUCGAAUCUUACAACAUCCAAGAGAAGGAUUUCCUAGUGUGCUUGCCUGGAAAGCAACCCAAGCCCGCUGCGUCCACCGUUUCCUCCCAAGUUCCCUCGACCCCGGCUGCCCGAGCUCCUGUGUCAACACCCGCUGCUCCCCCCGCUCCUCAUGCUGCCGCUGCUCCUCCCCCUUCUGCCGCCCCCGCGACCCCGUCUCCGGCAGGUGCGGCUCCUCCCUCGAGCGGUCCCGCCUUCGGAGAUCCUUCCGCUCUCACCAUGGGCUCUGCCGCUGAGGGAGCAGUUGUCCAGAUGGAGGCAAUGGGAUUCGCACGCACCGAUAUCGACCGUGCCAUGCGCGCCGCAUUCUACAACCCUGACCGUGCUAUCGAGUACCUUCUGACCGGUAUUCCCGAUAACAUCCAGGAACAGCAACAACAACAGCGACAAGCCUCAGAGCCAGCCCCUACCGACGAUGCUCCUGCUGCUCCUUCCGGUGGUGAUGAGCCUCACCUCAACCUCUUCGAAGCUGCCGCUCAGGCCGGUGGUGAAGGUGGUGGCCGACCUCGCGGUGCUGCUGGUGCCGGCGCCGGUGCCGGUGCCGGUGCCGCUGGUGGUGAGGCUCUCGGUAGCCUGGAGUUCCUCCGCAGCAACCCCCAUUUCCAACAGCUUCGUCAGCUUGUUCAACAGCAGCCCCACAUGCUCGAGCCCAUCCUGCAACAGGUCGCCGCUGGGAAUCCCCAGAUUGCGUCAAUCAUCGGACAGAACUCCGAUCAAUUCCUGCAGCUUCUGGGCGAGGAACUCGAGGACGAGGAGGGUGCUCUGCCACCUGGCGCGCAAGCCAUUUCGGUUACCGAAGAAGAGCGCGAUGCCAUUGAGCGUCUGUGCCGUCUGGGCUUCCCCCGCGACUCCGUCAUCCAGGCGUACUUCGCCUGCGACAAGAACGAGGAGCUCGCCGCCAACUUCCUCUUCGACCAGCCGGACGAGGAUGAGCAGUAAAGAAUUAUAUGUUCUCUCUCGACUUCUUUUCUUCCUUCUCUACUUUUCCCCCUCUAACGUUAUGUUCUAUGAUGAAUACCAAGCAUGCUGCUGUUUGAAUUGAUUCCCAUCUCUCCUCACCCCGGAUCCCUUCCCAUGAAUAUGACUCAGUACUCAGCUUGGCGUCUCUGAGUUUCUGCUUGCUGAGUGUGUACUUGGCUUCUUUGCACCCCGCUGUUACCUCUCCCCAAAACGCCUGUUGUGUAUCUACCUUAAUGGGCAAAAUGGGACCUGUUCG